AUGUCCACUUUCAAGCAGCAGCCCCACAAGCUCUUGGUCAUACCCGGCCCCAUCGAGGUUGCAGAUGAGGUCCUCUACGCCAAUGCGCAUCCCUCCAUGUCCCAUAUGUCCGCCGAUUUUGUCCCAGUCCUGGGUGACUGCAUAAGGAUGACUCGGGAUGUCUUGUACUCCACUACCGCUCAGCCUUUCAUCAUGGCUGGAUCGGGGACACUGGGCUGGGACCAGGUUGCGGCAAACCUUGUAGAACCUGGCGAAUACGUGCUUUUCUUGAACACCGGCUACUUCGGGGAAGGCUUCGUCGACUGUCUCCGUGUUUAUGGCGCCCACGUGGAUGAGCUGCAAGCUAAAUUUGGUGGUGCGGUCCCAUUAUCCGAUAUCGAACAGGCCCUUGCCUCCAAGAAGUACAAACUUAUCGCUUGCACACAUGUCGAUACCUCGACAGCCGUAUUGUGUAACGUGAAGGCUGUCGCAGAGAUUGUUAAAAAGACUGCACCUGAUACCCUUAUCGCCGUAGACGGUGUUUGUUCGGUAGCCAGUGAAGAAAUUCGUAUGGAUGCGUGGGGUAUCGACGUGGUUGUAACUGCAAGCCAGAAAGGACUUGGCACUCCUCCAGGUCUUAGCAUUGUCGUCGCAAGUCAAAGGGCUAUUCAGGUCUUCGAGAAUCGCGUAACUCCUGUUGCUGCCUAUUAUGCGAGUUGGAAGAAAUGGUUACCAGUUAUGCGGGCCUACGAGAAAGGCUCUGCUGCGUACUUCGCCACUCCUCCUGUCAACUUGGUCUACGCGUACCGCGCAUCCCUCGACCGGAUUACAAAGUCAUCGCCUACCCUCGAAGAACGUUUCACGCUUCAUCGGGAGGCCAGCAAACGUAUCAAGGAUGCAGUCGCUGAGCUGGGGUUGAAGCAGUUACCUGUCGAUUCCAAUUCCAGCGCAAAUGGCAUGACGGCGAUAUACUUCCCUGAUGGCUUCACUGCAUCCGACAUCAUUCCACGUAUGGCUCAGAGAGAUGUUGUUGUUGCUGGGGGUGUCCACAAGGAUUACAAAGACAAGUACUUCCGCAUUGGGCACAUGGGCAUAUCUGUCGUCGACAAGGAGCGUGGAGAUGUCGAGAAGGUGAUCACUGCAUUGAAGGAGUCUUUUGCGGAGGCGAGAGCAAGCAAGAUCGUGUAG